UUCUCCAGCUGCACCCCAGCACAGAUUCUGACCACUUCUGUCUCCUCAGCCGCUCACAUCUGGACACUGUGGCAGUUCUGGAUUCCACUGCAAUGAGUUGGUGGAGGAAUUACUUCUGGAUCAUCUUAGCUGUGGCCAUCAUUGUUGUCUCUUUGGUCCUAGGCUUCAUCCUGUACUGUGUCUAUAGGUGGCAGUUUAGACAAGGUAAGAAAUUGGAAAUUACCAAGUUCUUCAAACAAAGCCAAGGAGAAGAAAAGAUGUACGAGAAUGUUCUUAAUCAGUCACCUGGUCCAUUACCCGCUCUGCCACCCAGGGGCUCAUUUUUUCAAGAGGAUUCCUCCCCACAGGAAAUCCCACCUACAUACUCUUCAGUGAAUAAAGCUACAACCAAGAAAACUAUUUCCACCUUGAGCAACAUUGAGCCUGAACACGACUAUGAUGAUGUUGAAAUUCCUGGAAAUACUCAAAACCAGAAUUUGAAAACAAACGUUUCUUCUUUUUGGCAUGCCAGAGAGAGUUCACACAACUUAUUUUAGAAGUAUCAAGAAUGGUUGGCCUUCAGUACUGAAAACCAGUGGUGAUUUCAUGAAGCGUUGUAAGAUAAAUACUUCAUGGAUCUUGAUGUAGACACCUCAGUGAUCAGAUCUGCAGCCGGAGGAAUGACACCAGUGCCCACCCCCCGAGGACUAAGGGGUCAGUCCUUGGGCCUCUUCAGUUCAAGUUUCCAUGGGUCGGACCUCUCUGCUCCACACUCACACCUGUGAGAAGCAACUCAUUUCUCAACACUCUCCUUUCUUUCACAUGGUUUGUGGGGUUGUGAGAGAUAGAUAAUCUUAGUCUUUGAUUGUGCAGCACCUCCCAGUUCCUAUCCCCAGCUAAACCCUCACCAAUCUGACUCCCUUUUGCCCCACCCAUCCCUGUAUGGAAAGGCUGGGUGCCAGUUACAGCUGAGCACUCUUAUGCACAAGUCACUUGGUGAGUUUGUAAGGGUGGAAGUGCUUUUUGUUCUUAUUCAUCCUUCCCCUCUGCACACACCCUAAAUUCCAACAGCUUUAUGUUCCACAGACUAACAGAGAAUCGAGUUCUUACCUGGCCUUUUCCCUGUGCUUGCAGGUGACACUCUAGCAAUCAACUCAGGACAAACUUACCCUCUGGUUUACACCUAGAGGUGUUCUGCAGUAGGGCCAUAGGAAAGCAGGAUCCCCCCAGGAAAAUUAGGGGCUCAGUGUCAUUAACAGUUGCAUAUUCAACAUGGGAGCUUAGGAAACCUAACAACCCCAUCCAUAGUUUUCCUUAGUGCUUGACCUCUAGGAGCUGAUCUUCCUUGGAGUUCUUUCCCUGUCCCUGUCUCAUCACUCUCUAAAUACUCCUGGGGGAAUCUCACCCAUGCCCAUGGGCUUGGUGGUCCCUUCUAUUUUUAUGACUUCCAAAUUGGAAACUGCAGCUGAACCUUUUCUCUCUAGUUCCAGACUGGAUUAUUUCCAGGACAUUUCCAUCUGACCACCCUGUAAGACCCUCAAAUUCAGCAUAUACCGUGAGAAAUGGAUUACUACCCUGAGUGCUCCUUUUUAUUUCCAAUAUUCUCCACCACCUCCCACUGUGCCUCUCAAGCAGUUCUCUGACCAGUUCACCAUUCUGAGGUCUGGCUGUUGCCAGGCACUGUCAGGAGAACAUGAAUAGCUUCCUACCUGGGCUCCUGCCUAUCGCAUCUCACCCUCUACAUCACUUGUCACACAGCAGCUAGUGAUGUUCUAAAGUGAACUUUGGAUCACCUCAUUUCCUUGAUGAAAUCUGCUCUUUGCGUAUUAACCUCAGAGAAAAGUUCAAACUCCUUAACAUGGUUUAUAAGGUUUGUCAGGACCUGGUUACUGAUUACCAUUUGUCAACUCCUUCCUUCACCCCAUUGCAACCUUUACUCUGGCCAGCUUUUGGCUCUGGCCUUCUGAAAUGACUUCAACGUGGUCUCUCUUGCUCCCUUGACUGUGCACGGCACUGUCCCUGAUGUACGGACUAUUCUUCCUCACCUUUGCAUCUUCUUAUCUCCUCCUGGGUAGCCUUUCUACCUCAACUUUGGGUCAGGUUAGGUGCUCUCCUAUGAUAGAAUUAGCACCAAUAACCAUCUGUCCACCUGUUUUUCUCUUCCACUUGAUGGAAAGCAACACAAAGCCAGGGAACAUGUCCUUUCCUCAUUUGUUUUUCCGGUUCCUAGCCCAUUAUAGAUGCUCAAAAAUAUACUCAAUAACUGAAUUGGAUGAAUGAACUACCCUGGACGUUCACAGAUCUCCGACAUGAUCCCUCUAAAAAGGAUUUCUUUUUGCGUUAUAAUUGCCUAGUUACUUUUCAUCCUCUAUUGUAAUCUAGGGUUUCCCUUGGAGGGAACUUAUCUGGCUUAUUGCUGUUCAUAUCCAGCAGAAAUUCUGGCAUGUACUAGGCAAUCAAUAAAUAUUUAUUAAAUGUUAAACAUUAAUUGAAAAAUCUACCAAUCAGUUUGACUACUAUGAUCACUAUCACACACCCCAAAUUUUUCUGCUCUGGGCAUUAUAAUUUUAUUGAGACUUUACACUGGGAACACAUAAUGAAGCCAUGUUUUCUACCAAGUAAAUUGCUACCAGUUUGGGUGAUAAUAUUAAAUACAUCAAG